UCAGUGCGCUUGGUGUUUUUAUGAAUAUUUUAAACUUGAACGAGACACAAGAUACAAAUUUAUGUGCGAGUGAAGAGUACAGUGGAGAUUUAAUUCCGGUGAAACGCAGAAAAAUUGUCUGGAUUUUACAAGAAUUUUAAUGGUGUUUUUUUGUGGGAAAUACUGUCAAAAUAUUAAAAAUUAUUUUGUCGAAAUAUAGAGCUAAGCUUGAAAAUUCAAUUUGCUAUUGAAUUUAGAGCAGAUGUCUAUAAGAACACCAGGAAUUUCGUGAUUGAAAAAAGCUGUCUGAGAUGCAUCAAACAUGAAUGAAGGUGAGUCAGCAGGAGGGGGGGCAUCAACGGGCUAGCCCAGCCCCUCCUGCUGUAUCCGACCAUAGAUCAAUUUUAUCGUCAACAACCUCAACAGCAUCGGUGGAUACCAUCACCGGCUAUAGCGGCACAAGCAUACCCGCAACCUUUACAGUUGCAACUCCUGAUUCCUUUCAAGUCAUAGCAACAACGUUUGUGGAUUCACCCAUUACACCUCGCAGCUUUCAACAAGCGUUUACUCAGCAACAUUUGCCGAAACAACUUCAACAAAAUUCCCCAAAUAGAAUAUCAACAACAAAUAUUCAAAGUCCUCUAAACAAACCGCUACAACAGAAAUUUCAAUAUCAAGGGGCGCAGGCGCAGCAGUUGCCUAUGCCGCAGACUACACGUUUAGCGGAAACAACUAAUACAGCAGCAACUGAUAUAGUUUCGGAGGCACAAAAUCAAAUUGAUACUAAAUCUGGUAUUCAGAUUACAACACGCGUGCUAGCGACGGACACGUCCGGCAGCCUGGUUAAUAGUUUUCCAUCCUCAACGAGUACGACAAGUUUAAUUGCAGAGGCGGGACAACAAGAUUCGCCGCUAGCCAAGCGUCCCAAACUUGGGGGCAGUAUCGGUAGUAGCCUAACUGCUUCGUUGUUGCCAACAAGUGGGAGUACGCAGGACAACAGCAAUACGGCACUGUCUGCACCAGAGGAUAUAAAUGCGCUCAAGAAGCGCAUUUUGGAGCAAAAAUAUCUCCGUUUGCGAAGUCUUAAAGAAAGACACACAGAAAAUGUCGCCGAAUUAUUCUACUUGCAAAGCGGUGGCAACAUGAUGGACUACCCGACGUGGCGUAAGAAACCACCAACCCCGCAGUUCGUCACCUUCAGCAAUGCUUAUCGUCUAGAUCAGUUGGUUAACGAGGACAGAGCUGCUGCAUUAGUACAGCAACAACAACAACAAAAAGCAACUGAUAAUAUCGCAACAAUAAUUGGUGUUGCCAGUACCAAUCAAGGCACUCAGCAACAGCAGCAACAACAUACACAACAAUCACAAAAACAAACACAAGACUAUUUGGCUGAAAUCAUAAAUAAAACGAGUUCGCAAUCUCAAAUAGCUACAGAUAUAAGUAAUAGUAGUGGUAGCAACAGCAACAGCAGCUGUAGUGGGACUUCAUCAGGGGUCGCACAGAGCCUUGGUAACACACCUACAGUUACAGCGACAGCGACAACUUUAACGCCUGGCAGUGGUGGUGGAGGUAAUUUAACCACCACCGAUGCGAGUGGCGAAGCGUUGCCACAGGGUGCUGAAAUUAAAAUUCCCGCCGUAGGCGCAACGCCUGUGGCUGUUUCUACAAAGCUACCAGCAGCUGUUGUACAACUCACUCAACAAGGUCACAUACCCGGUAGACCUUUAGGAGGUCGGCACGGUAUGGUAUUUGGUCAAAUACCCGCCCCACCAGCUGUAGGAAAUUCUACCUUACCUUUGGUGCCAGGUGCUUAUCAUUUUUUUCUUCAGAACAAGCGAUUUUCUUUUAAAUUAUCAACUACAUAGUUUUGAAUUGCGUAUUUAAUUAGAAUACAAUUUAAAUAGUUUGUUUUGUUUUCAUUUUCAUUGAGGUAGAUAAAUACAUACAUAAAUGUGCAUUUUAUAUGCAAUUUGAAUAUAGUACGAUUUUUCUAUUGCUUUCUCAUGCUUCUUGUUGACUUAAUAAACAUAUAUUUUCAUUGUUAUAAUUGAUUGGAUUUAUUCGAUUGCUUUUUUUCUAGUAUAUCUUUUACCCCUAAAUGUUUUAUUUUCACCUGUUUGAUUCUCUGCUUAAUAACAUUAUUGAGUUUCUGAUUUUAGUAUUUUUAAAUUUUGGAGUAAGGAAAUAAUUAUUAGCAAUAUACGCAGGGGUUGAGUUUAUUUGGUAUGGGAAAAAUAUAUGUAGGCUACCGCUAAAAUUCAAGUUUGCAUUUUAUGAUCGCGUUGAGUUUAAACCUAUUGAAAGCAUUUCAUGUCUACUGUAGCAGCAGCUUGUUUUUUAGUACCGCAAUUCGCAGAGGGACAAUGUUUUACAUACGACUCAAAAUUUAGGAAUAUUAAUAAUUACAUCGGCUCAAAAAAAAAAUCCGAACUCGGGUUUGACCUCAAGUUCAUGCUUAAUAUUUAUGAAGGUCUUCAUUUUGAGUAUAAAAUUGUGUUGUAUGGGUAUAAUAAAAAGAUUUUAGUCUAAUUUCAUAUGUACAUAACUACAUACAAAAACAAAUAUAAUAAAAACGAGUUCCAACUUGUGUAAUUAAACCAUCUUUGUAAGAAACAAUAAAAAGGUUUGAGGAAUGUUUUUAUUUAUUUAUUUAAUCAAAUGGAAUGCAAAUCCUUACUGACUAUGUAUUAAACAUAGCAGCUUAAGCACUACCUAAAGUAAUUUAGCA